AUAGAUAGAAAGAAGGAAAGAAAUGAUCAUAAUAAUAGAAGUAGAGAAGUCUUGAAAGAGACUAUAAAGACCAAACUCAGCAUAUUGUAAGGAUAAGCUAGGCAAGGAGAGAGGCACAACAAACAAACACACAGAGAUAUAUAUAUAUAUACAAAGAUAUUAUAUACUAAUAUGUGCCCAACAAGGACAACAAGGUCGUGGUACACGUCAGCUUUCCGGUGGCCGGAGUUCGACUUCUCUUUGGGAUCUUCAGUUUUCCGGUGGCUGGAAUUUGAUCUUUCUUACUUGACUAGUGGGUGGAGUAUAGAGAGCAGCUUUCGGUGGCUUGACUUCUCCAUAGUUGAUGAUUUGGUGUGGACCUUCAUCUCAGUGGUUGAGUCCCUGGCUUUGUUAUCCAUGCUUUGCUUCUUUUUUCUGUUUUGUGGCUGUACCCUUUGAUCAACUUUGAAUUGAAUCUUCAUCGAUCCUAUAUAUCUUUUCAUUAGACCCUUCCUCA